UCCAGAGCUGAGAUCGCAGCGAACGCAGACGGAUCUACUGGGGUUCACAUAAUAAUUCGUUCAUUUUUCCACGGGAUUUUCAAUCUAAAUCAACGCAAAUAUGAGUAUUGCUGCUUUACUACAGGCUGCUGAAUAUAUAGAGAGGAGGGAUCGAGAAGCGGAACAUGGAUACGCUUCAACCCUCCCAAUGCCAGAUGACAUUUGUAGAAGGAAAAUUAAGUCAAAGAAAUCUCAGGGAAAUAGGUCUACACAUAAUGAAUUAGAAAAAAAUAGGCGAGCCCAUCUCCGUCACUGCCUUGAAGGGUUAAAAGAUAUGGUGCCACUGACGGCUGAGUCAAAUCGACAUACAACGUUAGGAUUAUUGACCAAAGCCAAGUCUUUCAUAAAGAUUUUAGAGGAUAAAGAAAAAAAGCAAUCUUCGGUGAAAGAAAACUUGCAUCGGGAACAGCGGUACCUCCGUCGAAGGUUAGAACAACUCUUGAAUGAGCAAAAUUUAGCAUAUCGUGUGCGAAAUGAACGCAGUAUUAGUGAAUGCAGCAACUCCACUACAACGUCCACAUCUUCUACUAAUUCAUUUACAUCGGAAUCAGGGGAAUCUGAUGAAGUCGAUAUCAUCGGUUACAACAGCAAUCAUAGUGAUAGUGAUGACCUUAGCAGCAUCCAGAGCGGGUCGAGCGACACUGGGCCUGGCGUCUGUAUCAUUAGCACAAGAAACCUUACGCUAUCAUGAGUUCUGCAAUACACCACUAGGUGCCGCCACCUGUAAAACAACAGUAUCACCUCUAGAGUCUAGAUAGUUGUAUGCAAAUAUUCUAAGAAAAGUCUCCAAAUUUUUUAGAUCUACAUGUGUACGCCAUUAUUGUCUACGACAGCGAUUCCACUUCCAGUUUUUGUUUUCCCGAAGUUUUCUCCAGUACUAUACAGAGUGUAUAGAAAUAUGUGUAGUUAUUUCCUGAAUUUAAUACCGUUUUCAACAGGUGUGUUAUAUCCAAGAAUUUAUAUAUCUAAUUUGACAUCAUUUUCAUGAACACUAAACAUGGCUUAGUCUUACCAGGGCAUAAUCAGUAACUUUGCAUGGUGUGGUUAGAAAUGAGAGCAUACGCCAGUCGAUGUGUAUAUUGACCUUGAGCUCUUGGCUUUUGGUUGAGAUCAUCUCGGUGGAAGACUGUCAUGGGGAUGAGGGUGGCUUGUUACAGUUCAUGAAUAGAUGAACAUGUUGCCAAAAGGUCAACCCUCUUGGUUCAAUGAAAAGGAAUGCCAAAAGCUCAUCUCCUGAUCCACAGGAACCCAUGGAUUAUACUGUGUUAUUGUUAUGCAAGGAAUACUUAAUUUGAUGGCCAUGCUAAAGUGGUAGUGAUAUUCUUUGUCAACUUUGAAAAAAAUCAGUUCCAAAACAUCUUUCUAUUCUGUGCUGCAUUUCGAGUGUCAAAUAUUUAUUUGGUGUGGUGAUAAUUUGGUUUGAGAAUGCGGAUGUUUACUGGGAUGGGAAUAUUUUUGUUGAAAAAAAAUGUUUAAAAAACACCUUAAUGAUGCAUGCCUCUUUCUCCUACUUCCUUUUGACCUGCUACCCCAAUUUUGCUCCUAAUUCUUGUACCAUCAGGAGUUCUCCAGGGUGCAUAUGACAUUAUGAGCGGAACAAUUUCAUGUUUGAGGAUCAAUUAUCAGAUUGGUCCAUGCCUUUUUGGAUAGUGGUAGCUCUUAACAUGUUUUUUAAAUGUUCUGGAUCACUUCAAUGAGAUGAAAUGGAACAGGAAGCCCAAAUGUAGCAUGCAAGAAAUCCAAAGCAUUGGCGCAUAGAUUUUAAAGAAAAAUACGGUUUCCAUGGUGAUUUCUAUGGACUGUGUUUAUGUCUGCGAAGUGCGAUGAAGUAAUAUUUCAAUCCCAUCUAGAAUUGUACUUUGCUUUCAUUAGAUAAUGUUGAAAUCAUGCCCCCGGCAUGCGCUUUCAAAGGAAAUAACAUCCCAUUUCUCGAAUUGAAGCUUCAUGUAGCGUGAAAAAUACUCCAAAUGAACAGUCACGGUUGUAUAACAUGGAAAGCUGCACAACAAAAGUGCAGACGUACUUUGCCAUAUUUAUUUAUUUUAAAUUGAUAAGUCCUACUUCGCUACUGAAAGGUAUCUGUCUACCUUGUUAGUUCCUUGAAAGAACAUUGUCCGUGUCCUUGUUAAUGUUAUUCUUUAAUUUAAUAUUGAAUGAAAAAAAAUUAUUGACGAAUUCUUUUUAUGAACUUAUUUGCUUGAAAAUGCUAAUGUUGCAAUGUAGUAGGAAGAAGUGCCCUUGUCAUUUAAAAAUACGUGAUGGGUUGACUCUGCUAUUGAUAUCUUAUCUUUAGCAAUUGCAAUUUGUGAAAUGCUGUAUACAUGUAUGCUAAUGGGUUUGUAUUGUGCUAUGUUAUACAAUGUAGACUACAAGAUGUUCCGAAAAUGGUUUUUCCAAAAUGAUUUCAAAGUGGUGAUUGUGUAUUAUAAACUGUAGACUGAUGAUCUGUGCAGAAAUUAAUGGAAUACUUUGCAUGCACCCUGCAUGAUGGAUUGCAGACAUUUUUUGAUGGGACGUUUUUUGGAGCAACUUGUUAGGUACUUUGUUUUGCCAAGAGUGAAGAACAAAUUCAAAAAGUGCUGUGAAAUUAGCGAAAUAUAGAAUGUACAGUUUACCUACAUGUACUUUACCAGGCUUAUAGAAAGGUUUGUGCAGCUACUGGAAGUUGAUAUUGAUAUAGAUUGAAAGUAAAACAGUAUUUUCUGUGUAUAAAAUGUUCAAAAUUAAAAUUAGAAUGUUCCAAAUAUAAAGGUUGUACAGAUCAAAGAAAUCAACUGUCCUAAUGGGUUUCCCUUUCCUCAAUAUCAGAUUGUCACUUGACUUGUCAGUUGUGAUAGUUUCCCUUUUAAUUUGCCCAAUAACGUGCUGUUUAUUUUUUCUAAUAGAUCUAUUAUACCUAUGAAAUUAUACCUAUUCGCAUGACAUUGACAUGAUUAUCAAGGAAAAUGAAAAGUGUUCUUUCCUACAUGACAUUGUGUACAAGUUUGGGUUCUUUCCGAAAUCUUGACGGACAAAAGGUUUUGCAGAAUCUUUUGCCAAUACACUUCUUUAGGCAUGUUCCAAUACCUUGUGUUAGGGGUCAAGUAUUAACCUACUUUGAAUUGACCUUCAAAGCUAAUUCUAUUAUUGAUCUUCUGUAUAUAAGACUGCACUUCUGAGUUUAAUAAUGAAAUUUUCUGUACUCAGCAAAUUUUAGAAUUGCCCAAGUCGGCACAGGUAUCCCACAAUUUAAUCAAUGCUCUAUGUUUUAUUGAAAUGUGCAAAUUAUUGUUUUAUUGAAGGAUAACAGCAUACUCUUGUUUAAAAUGAAUGAUGUAGAAUGUAAAUUAUAAUUAUUCUUAAUUUCGAAUUGUAAAUUGUAAAAAGAUUUUAAAAUUGAAAUUUUAAGUUACACAAUUCUUUCAGGGGAUUAUUUUCAAGAAUGCCCAUGUACUUUUCCCCAAUGAUACCGAGGUAAGGACAAAAAUGAUGAAUUGCAUACAGAUGUAUGUAAGAAAAGGUUUUAUUAUGAACUGAACUUAUCUAUUAAUUCCCUCCAGUGGCAUUUUAAGAAUAACUAAGGAUUUCGUACAGCUUGGCUUUCAAAGAUUUUUGCUUGAAGUGACAGUGAUGCUGUAAGACUUGGAACAUUGCAUUCAAAUGAGGUCACACUUAAUACAGUGUUUGUAUGUGAAGCCCUGGGCAGUUUGCCACCUCACUUUUGUCAAGUGAAGGAGUGUUCCAAGUGUUAUGACAUCUAUAUUUUUUCAAAAAAUGAAAAUUCUCGAUGUCAGUGUCAGUGAAAACCCCCUACUGUUUUCUUCAAAAUUGCAAACCAUCAUUUUGCCAUUAUAUUAUGUAUAUUUGAACUUCUCUACUUGUGGAGAAGACCCAUGUGAAACAUAGUAAUUUGUAUGCACUUAUCCUAAUGAGCGAUAAGUAUAAUUAAAUAGCAAUACUAGUUUAUGGUAAGAAAUGUGUGUGUGAGAAAGUAAAAAGCCCAGGUUGCUCUUGACCAUCAUAACAUAAACGCAUGUUUUUGCCAUCUUUGGAAACUCGGUCGACGUAUGACUUCGGUAGAAAAGAAGGCAAUCUUCCGAGAUUAUGCAGCUUUGCUGACAGUAUGACAAAUAAGGUGCAUUAGCUAUUGUUUCUGCCAUGAUGGUCCAGGCAAGAGUGUCGGAGGGCGUCGGAUCCAAUCCUGUUUAUGGAACUCGGAGCUCGAGGUGUAACUGUAAUUGUACGUGCAAGUGUGAAAUGGGAAAUUAUGUAAACCAUUACGGAAAACCAAUGCAAAUUCAACUUGAAUCUCACCAGCAAUAUAUGUGCCAAACUGCUUGGGAUUUUGGUUACCCUGGUGAAUAUGAUGUGCAUUCAACAACUUAGUCAUAUCUGCAGGUGUCUUGUAUAUUUGACAGCUGUAAUUUCAUGCAUACCCCCCCAUUAUAGUGUAAUGUUUGUAUACAGGGUGGCGACACAGUCUUCUAUCUGUAUGCCAUAGGCAUAUUAAAUCACGAGAGUGUCCCUUACAAGGGAGAAUUUUGAAAUCUGAUAAUUUGAUUCCCCUUGGUUCAAAACUAUAGGGUUGUAUUCCAUAUUUGCAAUAUUUGGUCUGUGAAAGCUGUUAUUAAUAUAAACGUUUUGAUCUCGGAAAACUUCUGUAUUCUCCCCCUUAAUGGAUAGACGUAUGAAUUUGGAGAUUUUUUUAAUGGCAUGUAUUGUAAAUAUUCAUGGGCCACAGUUGAAUGAGAAUAUAGCGUUUCUCUUCAUUUGAGUCAUUUGAUACAACACUGUCACUUGACUACACAACUUGUAGAAGAAUAAAAGACUUUGCCAUCCUGAACUUGUUCCCAGGACUAUAAAACCACUGGUAAUGAGGUUGUCACAAUCGGUGUCUGCCAUAAUUUGGUCGUUUAAAAAGUUUCCCCUGUGGUACACCUUACUUAUACAUUGACAUUAUAAUGUAGGUGGGCAUUGAAUCUGUAAAUAAGUAUGGUGGCCUGUGAGGAAAUGAAACAAACAUGGCUGAUAAUUUCCACCAAAUGAUGUAACUUCCAUCAACUUUAGAAUCGAGUGAAUGGCUCGAUUAUUGAUGUUUAAAUCUUGUGAUUUUAUUCCUUGUUGUGUUUUUCUCUGAUCAGUUUUAAGUAUUGUCUGAUUUUGUGUAAAUUUUUUAUUAGUGCUCAUUGAUGGAGUGACCAACAUGGUUGCCUUGGCAACUGAAUGGUUGCGAUAUGAUUACUAUCCACGUGACAGGUUGAUUAAGGGGAACUUAGCACUGGAACAUUCAAGAAUAAAAUGUGAUACUUAAGACAAUUUCAAAACUAACAUUCAAAGCGUAGCUCAGGUGUGGAGGUAUAUUUUGUCUCUUGGCGAUUGCUGCAUUAGAACCAAGCUUGGUUCACAGUGAAACUGUAGGGUGAUGUCCAAACCUGUACACACUGAGUGUAUGAUUUCUGAGGCUGGUGAUAGUUUUGAAAUGGUCACAAUAACUUGAUUAACACAUUGUGUUCAUUGACCUAUGAUAGGUCAUUACUUUGCUCUUGCAUUUGCUGUAACAGUAUAGAAGAUAUCAACAUUGAAACUACUGUAUAUUUUGUGUGUAAAGGUGUUCGAAACAUGUUGCAUGCACUUAACAUUACUGCAAUGCAUUUAAAAUGAAUUGUACAAUGCCUUUAGUAGUUCCAGCCUUUGUUUGAUCUGGGCCAUAUGCACAAUGAUAAUUUAUGCACACAUAAUUUAAUAAUGACACACUAUUUAUUCAAUACAAAAUGUAUAUGCAACAUGUUUUUUUUCACCUCUGUCAAUAUCAGGUCUGCAUGUCAAAUAUAUCUAUAUGUUUAAAUUUUUUCAAAAGUUUCAUAGAAAUUUUGACUGACCUAUUGCAUGUAUUGAAAAACAACUCAAGAGAGAAUGCUAUGUAGCGGUGAGUCGAGAUCAAGAUACACUAUAUCACAGCCAUUAUUAAAUUGCUUUGAGGAAUUGUUCCAAGCUUAAAGCUUGGUGAAACUCAGGCCAAAUAUUAUCAUCCGGCCGUGUGGAUGCUCAUCACCCACCUAUAACAUAUAUAACCAACAACAUCCCGGUAUAAACUUACAAAGGCAGCGCCGUGAUGUAAAAUCUAUGAAUUUGUUCAUUCCUCCCUCAUAAGAGAUCUGUUCAUAAUUAAAGGGACCAUCACCAUCGUAACAUCACUUGGGUCAGGUUACAAAAGCACGACCACAUACAAUGUUUAUUGCAUUCUGAGAAUGCUGCAGUAUGCCUCUUAGAUAAAGCAAUUUUAUAAAUUGUCAUGUUUGUCAACGGUAAUGCACUUGUGCUGCUAAAAACAUACCAGAAGAGAUCUGAUUGCUCAGUUGGAUAUGUUAUACUAUCAAACUAUUCAACGCUCAAAAGAAGAGAUUCUGCCAUUUUAUUUCUGAGAGAACAAAAUAUAAUCUCUUCUUGUUAUUGAUCAUCAGUGCAAAGUAGUAGCUGAUGUCGGGUGGCGGAAGAUGUCAUCUUCAGUGCUUCAGUUGCAGUCGAGCACUUUGCAGUGUCCACGUUCAAUCAUCAGGAAAUUCUGUUUGAAGACUGUUCAAUGACACUGCUGGUCUGAUGUAAGCAUGAGCUUCAGCUCUACUUAGCACAUUGCACCAACUUGAUCUCUUGCCUUGGUCAGUUAUUCUAUGACCACAGUACAACUGUAACAGUGAUAUUUUUCAGUAGUUUCAAUGUUGAGUUGUGUGUGUUCAGAAGGGGGUAUUUGGCCGUGGGUGGUCAGCUGUCUCGGUUUUAAAUGGGCAACUUCUGUUCCAACCAAGUGGUCCAUUUUUGUGCACUUCAAUCUUCUAUACUGCAUGCUCCAUUAAAGGAUUGUACAUGUACAUGAUUGAAUCAAACAUAUCAUAAGUAUCAUAGAUCCAGAGAUGUCCAAUGAUAUUGUACUAUGUAAGAAUCUAUUACCAUCUUGAGAUGUACGGGGGCCAGCUUACAGCAUGUUGACACAGACCAAUGGUAACUUUCCCACAAAUUGUCAUUGACACCAUUGUAAAAACGCUAUUAUCCCCUUAUCUAACCCUUGAAGGGCUGACAGUUAUCUUCUCCUGAAAGUUCACCAAAGUGAAAAUUUCAGUGAUAGAAUGCCUUGUCAGCCCUUCGAUGGUACAUUUUGCAUAAUACAUUGUUAACAGCUGUGGAGAUGUAUACAUAAACAUAUUUCUCAUGACUUCCUGGUGUCAGCUUGAUCUCUUAAGGGUGUCCAAGAAUAGUGUCAGAUCAGCCACUCUCAAAGUAAAGUUGGUGGUACUCUGCAGACUGGGCCCAAUAUCAACUGAGCUUUAGGUAUCAAAAAUACUCUUGCCUUCCCAAAGAACUGUACAAAGCUUCAGCAGUCCUUUUCCUAGGUAGGGCCGAGUAUCUGAUAUGACCUUUUUCUGGACUAAAUUUUACACUGGUGUCUUUGACUUGAACUUAUAGUGGGCUAGUUCUCAUUGGAUUUGGUGAUUCCACAACUGAAGGUAAUCAAACCUCCCAGUUGUAUCCUAACUCCCUCUCAUCUUAUUUGACCAGUAAACAAACUGGAAUGACCUUGUUUUGUAUGGUCAAUGUAGGUCAGGAAGGAGUAUAAAAUGAAUCAGGGAAACUUUAGACUUGGUGCUAAGUAUUUUAAGAUGUAUAGGAGUAUCACAAAAUGAUCCGGGGUUUGCCCCUCUUGGACUGAGAGUCUUAACAAUAAAAGCGACUACUGGUAUUUAGAUUGCAAAAGAUUGACAUCAGAAAUGAGUUACAAUCAUUACUCGAGGUGAAAGAAAGGGUACAUAGUACCAGUGUGAUGGAAUUCCAAGUUCUGUAUUUGGUUAUAGGAGAGCUCUCGGUCCAGUGCAGGUUUUUUCGCGGUGGCACCAUGGUGGAUAGAGGUGGCACCAUCGCCAUAUUGUAAAUUCUUCGUUCAUAUCGUGUAGUGAUGUAUGUGCUGUAAGUUAGCUUCAUUUUAGCUGCAUGUGUGUAGAAAUGAAGUCGGUGAAUACUUCCCCAUUCGCUCUCUCUGGAUGUACAAAGUCUUAAUGUUAUCAUUCAUCUGCACCAACGGUAUCGAAUGACGGGGUGGUGUGCAUGUCCAGUGAACAUAUAGUACUCUAAUUUAUUCUUCUGACAGUGCACAACGUACCCCUUGGUUUAUAUCAAGGUCACAGCCCUUCGGUGCUGGUUAAUGUCUAGAAAUGCAAACAUUCCUAGACAUUUUCAAAGUGUGUACAUAUAUCUUAAUAUAAUUAUUGUUAAGAAGUUCUCAUUUGCUGAGAAUAAAAUUCUAUUUCAUGUACAGA